AUGCUGGUUGAGAGUCUGUACCCCCUGGUGGAACAAUUGGAGCAAGAAGUUGCUUCUAAGGUGAAAGGGAUGCUUUUGGAGAAGGACCAGGCCGAGGUUCUACACUUGCUGGAGUCACCAAAGGAACUGCAGGCAAAAGUUGAUGAGGCUGUGGCUAUGUCGGGGAGCGCUCAGCAAGGCAGUACAGCUAAUCAACUGUUCUUGCUGUCUUUAAAUGAUUAG